GUCUUUUAUAAUACAAAUAGAACACAUCCUGACAUAUGUAUAUAGAAACACAUAUUAAUUAUAGUAUAUUAUCAAUAAAUUAUAUUGAAAAUCAAAAAGUAAUAAAAGAUCUAUAAAAAUGACGGAAGAUAAAGAAAUGAAAAAACGAAGCAGAAAGGCGGCCGCAUUCUUUCGAAAGGAAACUUUUGGACCCCACAAUCGAGUAGAAACUCCAGCGGAUAUGGAAUUCUGGCAACAGUCAAAAGCUUACGUCAUUCUGACCACAUAUUUGUUCGAUGUGAGCUCCCACGUCCAGGGAGUCCGCACCACGGAUCCCUUUCCCGUGAGCAGGAGCAUAAAGCGUCUGCUGGGUAUAUUCGAUGCGCUGGACGUACUUAUUGUGGCCAAUCCUCCAGUAGUCACUGGUGAGCCAAAGACCAGUAUGACGGAGUCGGGCAAUAGAGCGUUUCGGAAGUGGGCCCGCUGCAUGCUGAGAGACAUCUACUAUAUGGUGGAGAAAGCGGUGCCGACGAAAAAGUGCCAGCACGUAAACGAACUGGGCCAGUACUUGUCUUCGUCCUUUGGCAACAGUACGAAAAUCGAGUACGGUACCACCCAUGAGCUUAACUUCCUUUUCUUUGUGGCCGGUCUCUUUCAAGCGCGGAUCCUGAACAAAGAGGAGGACCUAGCUGCCUCGGGCCUGAUUCUAUUCGUUCGCUACUUAAAGCUAGUGCGCCGGCUGCAAAUCACCUACUCAAUGGUGCCGCCCGCGAACCACGGUGCCUACUCCCUGGACAAGUUCCAGUUCAUACCCUUCAUUUGGGGCGCGGCCCAGCUGUGCUACGAUGCACCCUUCUCUCCGAGAAAGAUGCUCGACGAGGACACCGUGGCGAAGUACAAAAAUUCAUACCUAUUGGCCGAUUGUGUGGGCCACAUCAUGAUGACCAAUAUUGGGCCCUUCGCCGGCCACUCCAGCCAGCUGUGGUGCCUGGCCGCCUUGUCCCAGUGGCCGGACAUCUACAGGGGUCUCAUAUUCCGGUACACGGAGGACAUUGUCGUGGACUUUGAUUUGAUUCAGCCGAUGCGAUUCGGGGCACUGAUGCCGUUCGACAUGGAUGUGUCGAAGGCACCCACGAUUUCAGUCCGUUUGGGUGUGCGCUCGCCAAUUCGCGCUCAGAUCGAUGAGGCUCUAGACCACAUAUCCGAUACCUCGAAAACGGAAACGCAGGAACCAUCGGAUGAUAUGGCGGACAAAAAAUACGACAACCUGUCCAAUAGUGGAUUAUCGCUUGGGAGCGACACCACCUCCCUGACCAAUGUCAGUGUCCAUCUGCCCAAUUGGUUGGAAGCUGAAGAAGAUCGAUAGCUCCAUUUUAGUCUAGCUUUUAAACCAAAUUUGACUUAUUAAAAAUUCAUUCAUUUUCGCUUUGUGUAAUGGGAAAA